CUCCACCUACGAACGUCUAGAUAAUCUAGAGAAUCUCGAGUCCUAGGAACGAUGAGUGAUGUUGUUUAUCAAGGCUACUUGGAGAAAUGUCCUCAGAAGUCCGGCAUCGGAAAAAAGUGGAACAAGAGGUACUUCAUUCUGAAAAGCGCUGGCCCUCUGGGAAGUGCAAGAUUGGAAUAUUAUCACGACAUGAAGAAGCAGCAGGAGAGAAGCGUCAUACCACUACGCGAAGUGACAGACGUUCGCCAAACGGACCACAGAAGCAGACCUUUCGUGUUCGACAUCACGACGCCGCUGCUUCACUACAGGCUAUCGGCAACGAGUCAGAGAGAACUCGACACGUGGAUAGACACCAUUUCGAAUGUUGCUUUCGGACAGGGUCAACAAUUGCCUCAACCGGCGCGUUACAACAAUUCGAUGCCUCCCAGAAUGCAACCAUCCGUGGAACAUCCACCUCCACCCUACGCAGUCGGAAACGACGCGAUUUUUGGCUCUCCUAUCUCUAAUCCGGGGCCUGGCUAUCCCGAACAACCGCCUUCAGUCGCCGGGCGGCAUACUCAUUUCAGUGAGCCAAAUCCUUCGACAUUUAGAGCCCCCGUUCAAGGAAGAAUCGACGCGGGAGCGCAAGGAGUACAGACUAUUGAUGAGGCGUUCCACUUGAUGCCGCAGGACAACCCUUUCCUGCCGUCAGCACAAGAUUUGGGAAUCCAAGAAAAUACGCUUUACAGCGGAUUGUCAGCAGAGAAACAAUAUCAAGUCACUAUAGUACCAACCGAAGCCUCUGAACGUUUGUCACUGCACGGUCACUAUUUUCUUCACGUCUCAGCAUUGUAUCUCUGUCUGACAAGCGUUACUACCGGACAACGACUUUUGACAUGGCCGCUCAAGUAUCUUCGUCGCUACGGUCGCGACCACACGAAAUUCACGUUUGAAGCCGGUCGGAAAUGCGAAAGCGGUCCCGGCGUAUACUUCCUUGGCACUCAGAUGGGCAACGCAAUAUUUCUGCAGGUGCACGCCAAUGUUAAGACGAUAGGAAUGCAACAACACACAAGUCUACAACAAGAAGAUAUCGUGAAGGGAUCAGGAUCAAAUGUAGGAGGUAUGAAACCAAUCGUCACUUUGCCACCCGUUCGUCACAAGGACCCAUUUCAGUUUUCUUUACGGCAGCAGCCAGCGGCGCCUACUCCUGCUCCUCGCGAUCGUCAGCUGUUGCGCGCACAAUCUGACCUUACUUCGGCGGUUAGUAAAACAGAAAGUCAGCCCGUGGCAUCCCCGUUCUUUACUCAAGAAGUAGUGUUGGAGCAGCCAAAUUCCAUACCGGAACAGACGCAUUUUUAUGAAGAAGGAGGUGAGAGCACACUCGACAAAGCGAUGAGUGCUGCUGCGGCCGCCGCACACGACCUGGCGAUAGUAGCAGGUCCGAAAAGAACUUCACCGCCUACAUUUCACGUUUCUGCACCCAAGACGACAGCGUCCCAAAACGGUCAAGAUGAGACAAUUGGCUAUAAUCGACUGGCUCGAAAAGCCAAGCCUUUAAAGGAACAAACCGAUGAACCCCUCUAUGACGAAGCAGAACUUGACCGUUUGAUGGCCAAUAUUGCACAGCACACUCGACUAAGCGGUAACUACGACACUCUGUUUCAUGACUUCUCUUCUGCAGCCCCAGACAACAAAGCUACCAGCUUAGCUGCUACAAUUGAUGACAAAGAUCUAGAUGAAGUCGAUGAUAUAUGGAAAACUCUGGAAAGAAGAAAUCCAUACGAAGAAGUCGCGAUGUCUCCUUCAGCUAAUGCAGAGAACAGUCGUUACGACCGACCGCCACUCCCGCAGAAAGUUAACAGUCCGUUACCUUCAUACCUCAACGUUCAGACAGAAGACGUCGAUACUCGUCCUUCCUAUAUGAACGCGACUAGUAGUGGAGACACGAGACUUCCUGGCUACACCAACGUGUCUCCAAAUGACGAGGAAGACGAUUAUGAUGGUCUCGGCCAAUUCAAAGAGCUAGAAAUAGAUGACUACACUCCCCUCGAAAUGACAGAAAGAGUGCCUGACAAACCGCCUAUCAAAACAAACCCUCGUGAUAGGGAACUAGAUGACCCCAGUUACGGUGUCGGUGGUAAAUUCACACGUCUCUAGCAGAAAGUACUGUAUGCUCGGAUAUUUUUCAACUACUGGCGUAGCACAAUUGUGAGUUUUGUCCUCAAACAAGGCCGUUAUAAUAUAAUAUACUGUUUGAUGUUCAUAUCAGCAAUAUUAAUACUACUCUAUUACCACCAAAUUGUAGUGUAUCUUUUCAUGCAAAUGGUCCUCAUGUACACCAUAUUGACAAACAGCAGCAGCGUCGAUCAGUAGGAAGUAGGCCACGAGAGUCCAGUAUAGUAAGUGUGACCUUCCAGACAAUUGGCAAAGGUUUAGAAG